GAGGGCCGCGGGCGCGGGGCUCCGGCGGCCGCGGAUGGGAGGCGGAGCCCGGGCGGGCAAGCGACGGCGCCGCGGCCACCAUGGGGAACAAGCAGACCAUCUUCACGGAAGAGCAGCUGGACAACUACCAGGACUGCACCUUCUUCAAUAAGAAGGACAUCCUCAAGCUCCACGCACGGUUCUAUGAGCUGGCCCCCAACCUUGUCCCGAUGGACUACAGGAAGAGCCCCAUUGUCCACGUGCCCAUGAGCCUCAUCAUCCAGAUGCCGGAGCUCCGGGAGAAUCCCUUCAAGGAAAGGAUCGUGGAGGCUUUCUCUGAGGAUGGUGAGGGGAACCUCACCUUCAAUGACUUUGUUGACAUGUUUUCUGUGCUAUGUGAGUCGGCUCCCCGCGAUCUCAAGGCCAGCUACGCCUUCAAGAUCUACGACUUCAACACAGACAACUUCAUCUGCAAGGAGGACCUGCAGCUGACGCUAGCCCGGCUCACCAAGUCGGAGCUGGACGAGGACGAGGUGGUGCUGGUGUGUGACAAGGUCAUCGAAGAGGCCGACCUCGACGGUGACGGCAAGCUGGGCUUCGCAGACUUUGAGGACAUGAUCGCCAAGGCCCCGGACUUCCUCAGCACUUUCCACAUCCGGAUCUGAGAACAGUGACCAGAAGCCGACCAUCCGGCCCGGUGCCCGCACGAGUGUGACCUCCAAGCUCCCCAGGAGUGGAGCUGUGGCCUCGGCGGUUUACACCCACAAACACUUCUUUGGCCCUUUCAGCAAAAAAAAAAAAAAAAAAAAAAAAACCAGGGAAGGGGGGAUGUGAGGAGUAGGGCCCUUCCCAGUCCCCCUGUGGGCCCUCCCCAGGCCCUCCCUCUCUUCCCCCACUUUCCCUACUCCCAUCAGAAAUGGCCCCAGUGGGAGGGGGAGGAGGAACCCCUAACAGGGCUGGGGUGCUGACUUGUCCAAGGCACCCGGGUUGCCCAGGGCAAAUGGAAAAACAAAAAGAGGACAAGGUUUAACAAGCUAUGCAAUCUUUCUCUAGAGCCCACAGCUGGGCUGCACCCCGGGCCCGUCUGUUCCUUCUCCCCGGUCCUUCCCAAUGUGAAGCUGAGGGAACCGUGGGUGCAAGGACUCGGCCCCUGUCCACCACCCCAUCCGCCCUCCCUGACGACGUGGAAUCCUCAGUGGUGUGUGCUGUCCAGAUUUGUGAACUCCUAAUAGUAAAACACUUUCAUGU